CCCUUGGAGAAUGUCCCAUACCCUCCUGCGACAAUUUUAACUCAAGGCUGCUUAUACCUGAGUCAGACUGUAGGCAGGUUGUUUAAGGCUGUGUUGUCACAGUCUUUUCUGCGAGUCAUCUGUUCCUUCUGACUAAUGGCAGAUCUUCGUGUUCCCCAGCCCCUCCAAUCUUCUACUUGGAGUUUGCAGCCUGGCCACCUUCUGUGCUCUCUGUGUGCUGAGCACUUUGGGUCUGCAGAAGUCGUGCAUUUUCAGGGACGGCUUUUCAGCUCCUGGAGAUCCCGGAGAGGGGCCACCUUCUGUGGGGGCUACUUCCUGGCCUGCAAGCAAGGGAGGGCCGCGGAGGGCGGGGGCUGUAGGGCCUAGCUCUCCUGUGCGGAUGGCCUCGGGAAAGGAGGUGUUUCCCAUUAAACACUACCAGGACAAAAUCAGGCCUUACAUCCAGCUGCCGUCACACAGGAAUAUCACCGGCAUCGUGGAGGUGAUCCUUGGGGAAACCAAGGCCUAUGUCUUCUUUGACAAGGACUUUGGGGACAUGCACUCCUAUGUGCGAAGCCGGAAGAGGCUGCGGGAAGAGGAGGCCGCCCGGCUCUUCAAGCAGAUUGUUUCCGCAGUGGCCCACUGCCACCAGUCGGCCAUCGUGCUUGGGGACCUGAAACUUAGGAAAUUUGUCUUCUCCACGGAGGAGAGAAGCCAGCUCAGACUGGAAAGUCUAGAAGAUACGCACAUAAUCAAGGGGGAAGAUGACGCUCUGUCGGACAAGCAUGGCUGCCCAGCCUACGUGAGCCCCGAGAUCCUCAACACCACGGGGACCUACUCCGGAAAGGCGGCUGACGUUUGGAGCCUGGGGGUGAUGCUCUACACCCUUUUAGUGGGACGAUACCCUUUCCAUGACUCAGACCCCAGUGCCCUCUUCUCCAAAAUCCGCCGCGGACAGUUCUGCAUUCCUGACCACGUUUCCCCCAAAGCCAGAUGCCUCAUCCGUAGCCUCCUGAGACGGGAGCCUUCCGAGAGACUCACCGCCCCCGAGAUCUUACUCCAUCCCUGGUUCGAGUCGGUCUUGGAACCUGGAUACGUCGACUCAGAAAUAGGAACUUCAGACCAGAUUGUUCCAGAGUACCAGGAGGACAGUGACAUUAGUUCCUUCUUCUGCUAAUCCCAAAACCUCAGAAACCUCAAUUCUCACACAGAGCAUUUCCAUUUCUAAAGAUGGACAGGCCUCUCGGCACGGUGCCAGCCAGACACGUGACGGCGCAGAGACUGUAGCUGCUGACCUCAGCGUGCCCCCCCGCUCACUUACUUGUUGUGAGGAGUGACUGUCGGUCGAGCAUCGCACACUCUGAACGGCUGCCCUUAAGGAACCCUCACCAACCAUCCCACUGUCCGAUGCUGGGGUGGGGGGGUGGGGGCUAGGGUUCUGCAUCAUCGUAGGUGACAGAGUAUGGAGAUAUUCUACAGCGUGUGUGGUCAAGUGAAAGGAACUCUAAAUUUUAAAGGGAGAGGAAGUGAGUUGCACAGUGGCAUUCUGGGCAAUAACCAUAUUUUUAACAGGGUGACAAAAUCAUUUGGGCCAAUGAACCUGCCAUCUUCGAACUUGUCUUUGGGAGCUAGAUGGUCGCUACCCCAGCUUCUCUGUUGGAAAGUUCCUUUUUUUUUUUCUUUUUUUGGUUUGGUUUAACACACACCCCCUUUCUUUCACACUCAAGUUACCAAUGACCGUGCUCCGUUUUUGGAGCAGAGUGUUGGAGGACCCUGCCUGAACCGCGAACCCAGACUCGAUCCUCCGUUUCCUGCCAAGACCUCAUUUGCACUGAUGCCUUCUAUCUGACCUUGAAACUUCCCCGUCAUUGCUGUUAAAGCACUUACCAGCUAACCUGGGAGGAGUUUCACGAGAGAUUCAAACUCCUUGGCUAUUUCAGAACGCUGAGCUCAGAGAGACUGCAGAUUUGUAACGAUAAUUUGAGCACUCGGAAACCGUUCGCUUGGUUGGGUCCCCUGAAACGGGUCAGCCUGUAUCCAUUUUUCUCCUCAAGACCAUCUCAGGGUGGAGCAUUUUGCCGAGGAGGAGAAAGAUAGGGGGACUCCCUCGCCUCUCCCAAGAGCAAAUGGUACACAUCUUUGUGCUUCAGAGAAAGUGGAUUUUGGAUCGUCUUCGACGAUCCUCAGACCCACUUGCAUCCCCUUCAUGGAUAUGGUCUGCCUCUGGCGUUAUGUUACGUCUGCAGUUUUGCAUGAUGGCUUGUUACUAUUUUAAAUUUGAUGUGGUUUAUGAAUACAUCUCUAUAAUCAGCAUCCGGAGUGAAAUAGCCCCAAAUCUUUAAAGUCGGAAGAGACUUUCAAAGUAUCUGGUCCAACGUUUUCCUCUUUCUGCCGUCUCCCAACCCUCCCCCUCCAACUUCCUCUUCCUUCAGGUGGGAAUCCAGCUUCUGUUUGAAUGCCUCCAGAGAUGGGAACUCACUACCUACGAAAGAUGUCACUUCACAGAGCAACUGCAAAACUCGCAUUAAGAAAACAACCAAGAACCCACGAGAUAUCUGUAAAUGUCUCAGUACUGAAAUCAGGUGGUUAAACGGGUAAACCAAACAUACUGUAUUUCGAGAAAUGGCACCAGAGAUGGGCAGGUCAUCUUUAAGGGCUACGCCUUGGCAAACAACUAACCUGUGUUGUGAGAAUGUUGUGUAUACCUCACGUACUGUGUACUUUGUAUAUAUAUUUUGCCUUUUAUACCUAUCGUCCGAUAUGUGUUGUUGUUUUGGCUCGGAGGCUUGGUUUGUUGUCUGUGUCUGUCUGAAUAACCCGCGUGUCUAGAACCACGUGAAAUGUGAAUGAUCAUGGGCGAUGUUAGCUUGACAGAAUCAUGGGACUCGGAGAAGAGGAGGGCAGAGGCCUCGUGUCGCACUAACACGCUCGUGGUUGCUCCACUGUUGUAUCUGUGACACGGUGCCCGGCUGAGGACUCCGGGCGGGCUGGGGCUUCUGCUGGGAAAGCUCGAAACACUAGAUCCUUCCUGUACAUGUGUAUCUCUGUGAACGGUGAGACGACCGUUUCCGACUUGUAGAGACAUUUUAAUAAAUCGGGUUUCGUAAAUA